AUGAGUAAGAUGUAUUAUAGACCCUUAACCUCAGCAGUAUUUCUUGUUGGGGGUGGGGGGAAGGGUUUUGAAAGGCAGCGAGACGUGCUUUUAACAGUGUACAACGUUUUUGUUGGCGCGUGGCCUGGUGGUUAUGAAGUUCGCUUCAGGUUUAGUCGGAUUAACCGGAUUCGCAGAUUUGUUCAAGUUUUCCUGUUCAUCAGAAUAGAGAGACAUGCUGCUACUUUCGAAGAUAGUGGUUGCUUAAAGAAUGGUACUUCAAUCUGUUCCCAUAGCAGUUAUUAUUUUUCGUUUGAUUUCCUUACAAUAAGGGUAUUAGCCUUAUCAAAUUAUAAAGACUUUUUUAAAAAGCUUUCCUCUACUAUUGCAUGCUCUUGCUUUUGUAAAAACGAGUGUGAUAUUGUAAAUGAAAGAGCAAGGAUGCUGUUAGCAUUGUGCAUCAUCACUUUUGUGACAAUAUGUCACGCGGAAUAUCCUGGCAAGAUAAAGGGUCCACGAAAUACCAAUGAUACCAUCGCAAUAAUUGGUGCUGGUCCAGCUGGAAUUCACAUGGCGUUGAGAUUAAAGCAAAAAGGUUUCCGGAAUAUUGUGGUUUACGAGAAAACUGGUCGAAUUGGUGGCGAAACAAUCCAAUUUGAUUUUCGUGGAACUACAUAUGACGAUCCAAGGAUCAUUGGUCCUGAGGAUAGUCUGUUGAGAAAUCUGAUUUCACAGUACUUAAACAGUAAUGAUAUAAUCGAGGAACCAACAUCAACAGUUUGGAGUAGAAUCAGAGGAGGAGCUAGCGCAGAAGAAAUGAACAAGAUUACAUAUCUUAUUGAAUUUGCAAAACAAACCCUUGGAACAACUGAUGAAACUACGGCUCGAAAUGCUAUCUAUUUAGCAAUGCAGAGAUAUGCAGCUUUGUAUAAUCAACAUUUCCCUGGCGUCAAUCCUGAUAUUAUACCGGAACCAAGUUGGGCAAGCAAAUUCAACACAUAUGGCACAAUUAAAGACUUCUUAGUCCGCAACAACUUGGUUGUGUUGGAACCUAUCUUCUAUUUCACGCUAACAGCAAGAGGAUUAGGUUUCUAUGAUGAAGUGCCAGCUUUAUAUGGAUUUAUAGCUGUACCAGCAACACUUAUGUCUGCCUUUGAGCGAAGUGUGAGAAGUGGUGUGAUGGAUUCAGCGACCAAAUCGUAUUCCGUCAAAAAUGGCUUUCAACAACUUUGGUCAACCAUUGUUUCGAGAGAAAAUACCAAUGUUGUGUUAAACACAAAAGUGGAUCGUUUAAAUCGAGAUCAAUUAACGCCAACCACGCCAGUCAAAUUACGACUUCGCUCGAACAAAGACAAUUCAGUAAGCUGGCGGACCGUUGAUUACGUAAUCUGGACAGGUAACAUGCGGGAAGCAUUAAAAGCAUGGUCUUUUAAACGUCCUGAAUUUAAUGCUGGCCCAUCACAAAAUGAAUAUCAAAAUUUCUUAAGGAUAAACAAGAAAUUAUAUCGUUCCACUGUAUUGGUGGAUUCUGAAUUGCUUAAAAGAGGAGGAACGCCUAACGAUUUGUUUUUGGAUAACAUUAGCAACAAACAAUAUGGUGUGGUCAAGAUGGAUGAUGUUUACGCCUUAUCACAGCAACAAACUAACAAAACACGAUACAGGCAAAACAACUAUACUCAGAACGCUGAUGGUUCUCCUUAUCGUACUGUCAAAUUAGUGGCAUAUACACAAUCACCUGUCAAUAACUUUCGAAACAACUACUUCAGUCAGAUUCAGAAUGAUUUUAGUCCAGUUAACGUCACCUUCAGUAUGGCAAGAAGUAUUAAAAUCAAUCCUCAGUUUUCCAGCCGAGAUAUCACGAACAGUAUGAUUUGGAAGAUACUGAAGAUGCAAGGUAAAUAUGGAAUGUGGUAUACUGGUGCUUCUGUCAUUCAGGAUUCACUUCAGUCACAACUUAAGUACAACGAACUGUUGAUCAAGAAUAUGGAGGAUCCUAUCACACAAGGUGGCAAUGUGAUCGUGUAAUGCACAUACAUCACCAUAUCGUACUUCAACUGAAGUCAUGACAAUUAUUAUUGUAAUUGACACACAUUGAUUUAUUCUUUUCUGCUAAAAGCAAUAUAUAUUCUGUAAAAUACCGCACAUAAGCAAUGUACAACUACAAGAUAAAUGCAUUUGCAUCGUUUUGAUACAUAACAAA